AUGGACAUGUCCACAGAUGCAUCUGCGGACAUGUCCGUUUGUCUGAAUUCCUGCAAGCUGGGCGCAAACCCAAACUGCGGGAGUUUAAAAAUUCCCCUUAUUUUUUUUGCAGAUUACACCAAGCUAAAAGCACUUGCAAUAUCAAUUGCAGAGGAAAUUGAGUUUCAGUUUGACUGUAAAGAUGUUCCACUUGCAAAUGCGUCCAAAUCUGAUCUACAUCUAAUCAACAUUUCAAUUGAUGACGAGGGGUACAAGGAAGAUGAAAGAGAUUGGACAACACAGAUGGGUCUAAACAUGAAAUAUUUUGCCAAGCUUAGGAAAGAAACACCAGGUUGCCAAGAGCAACCUCCUUUGUCAUUUUGGAAGAGAUUAGACAUCUCAGAUAAGCCUUCGCCUAUUUCUGUCGUUCCAAACCUCAAAUGGCUCUGCAGAAGAGCACGAACCCCAUAUAGGGUUGUUGGUUAUGCUGCCUGUCGUAAUGCCACAGUAGGUCCUGACGUGGUUAGCCCUGCAGUUACAAAGGCUGAGAUGGGCACUUCUGGAAAUGCUUACGAGAAUGCCAAAGAACAACGAACUGCUGAACAAGAUGCCCCUCUGGAGCCAAGUAGGUUACAAGAAGCUGACGAUGUUGCUGAUAUGCACACGUGUUCUGAGGACAUUGAUCAAGACAUGCAUUGUCUGAUUGGUAGCAAAAGGCAGCGAACCGCUGAACAAAAUGCCCCUCUGCAGCCAAGUAGGUUGCAAGAAGCUGACGAUGUAGUCGAUAUGCACACGUGUUCUGUGGACAAUGAUCAAGACAUGCAUCAUCUGAUUGGUAUCCCUGUUGCUGCUGCUGAAUAUCCGAUGACGCAUCAAGUUUGUGAAGGUACAGUAAGUGUUAGCACCUGUGAACUUGACGAUCUGGUAAGUGCUAGCACUAGUGAUGAUUCAAUUUGUUCAGCGCAUUCUCAGGAUUCACCUGGGGUGUCAGAUGACUUUACCACUGAACAGCAAUGUGUCCAGUCAGAUGAGUUGACUAGUUCCGUGGCUAUGUCCGCACAACAGUUCCUUGUAGAUGGAAGCAUGACUGCAGAAGACAGCAGCAAUCAUGAAAACUUGGGUUCUUAUAAUGUCACUUCAGAGUGCAAAGACAAACAGCUCCAAGUUCAACAGGAGCAGGAGAAUAUUGAACUUUGUAAUAAUGCUGGCAGAAACUUGGCCGCGGCAGUACAGGUCAAUUCCGGCCAUUUUGGUGACAAGGCCGUCAAUCUCGAGAGCGCUAUUCCUACUGAGUCACAGCAUGAGUAUCCGAAGAGAGAUGCCAUCGUUUUGGAAGGCAUGCAAGCUGCUUUGACGACUGUGGUCUCUGGAGAAAAUAGAAAUUCAGUUAACACAGAGUUGGAUUCUCUUGGUAUUUUACUUGGAGCUUUAGCAGAAGAAUCCAUUCUAGCUGAUGUUCCUGGAAAAGAUGAGGUUGACGAUGCUUCCUUGACAUUGAUGACACUGGCUAGCAUUGACCAGUCUGCAGGUGAUGUUGCACACAAUGAAGUUAUAGAGACGUCUAGCUCUUCCGUUGGCGCAUCUAUUUCAUGCAAGGGACGGACUUUGCCCAAUUUGGCAUCUGAUGGAUCGCUUAGGAUUCAGAAUGCUGAAAUACAAAAUAAACAAGAAAAUGCUGAAGAAGUUGGUGCCUGGAACUGCCAGGGUUUGAAGAACAGCAGAGGAAUACUUGACAGUUCAGCAAACAGUUUAUCUGAUACAGGCAAAAGUUCAGGCACACCAAAAGCUUAUCAACCAGACAUAUUGUCUAGAAGCAUUGGAAGCUCAAAAAGAACAAGUAUCAUAUGCUAUGUCAGACGCAAGCGCAAGCAAAAAAGAAAGAGGGAAUCUGAGUUAAGUACCAGUAAUUCGCAAAGUUUUGGGAGCUUUGCCCGCGCUCCAUGCGAGAGGCUGAGGCCCAGGAGGAAACCUGCAGUAAUUGAAGAGCCGGCAGAGCAGAUUGAAACCGCAAAACCUUCCGCUGCCGCAACCAAGGGCAAGAGGUCCAAGGUGGUGGAGUUAUUUCAGUGCGAGAUCGAUUUCUGCGACAUGACAUUCGAGAGCAGAGCCGAGCUCCGCGCCCACGAGCGCAACAUCUGCACCGACGAGUCGUGCGGCAAGCGCUUCCAGUCGCACAAGUACCUGAAGCGCCACCAGUGUGUCCACCGCGACGAGAGGCCCUUCAAGUGCCCCUGGGACGGCUGCGGGAUGACCUUCAAGUGGCUGUGGGCGCAGACAGAACACAUAAGAGUCCACACGGGGGAGCGCCCGUACGAGUGCUCAGUCCCUGACUGCGGGCAGACGUUUAGAUACGUCUCGGACUACAGUCGGCACCGGAGGAAGUUUAAUCAUUACUGAUUGGACGUCGCAGUCGGCACCGGAGGAAGUUUAAUCAUUACUGAUUGGACGUCGCAGUCGGCACCGGAGGAAGUUUAAUCAUUACUGAUUGGACGUCGCAGCGGUGCUGGGGGGCAAAGGCUCCUCCUCCGGCUGGUGCUGCAUUGUGUGUUGAGGUACGUUGGUCCUUUGUUUGUUGUAGCAGGCUAGCAGCUCACGUAUUUAAUUAACCGCCCGAUGGCUGGUAGUCCUAGUGUUAAUUCCCUUCGUUAACAAUGUGCCAAGUGUAGUCUAGGAUGUAGAGAUAGAUUGGGGGGUAAAAGGCCAGAUGGCCCUUCAUUCUUUUUCUCCGUCAGUCCAGUCAUGUAUGUAAUCCCUUGAUAAAGUUUUAUCAAUUGCGAUGAUGCCGAAAUCUCCCUCAGUUGAGUCAUGUAUCUAAACUAAUCUAUGCUAAAGUUUAUCAAUGCAAUGAUGAUGACA